GGGCAUCUUUUUUUAUUAUUUGGUUAUGCAGAUAUUCAGGUGAAAACUGUUAAUGAGGUACAUUGAAAUCAUUUCAGGCAAAGUGAACCAAGUAUCUGUGACAUCUCUCAGGCUCCCGAGGCAUUUGGGUAGCAGUCCGCCAUGGCUUAUGGCUUGCCAAGAAAGAACACAGUGAAAACCAUUUUGAGGGGCAGUUGUUAUAAUGUACAGGAACCUUGGGAUCUCGCAUUACUUACCAAGACGUGGUACAUCAAUCUAGCCAACUUCAAGUUGCCUUUCUUGGAAGAAAUUAAAUAUGGCGGUCCUAUCAAGCUCAUGAAGUGUAAAAUUGCCAAGGAUGAUCUACUCCCUUCAGCGAAUUCCAUCAAAACUGAAAGGGAAUAUGAAAUGAAGCGCCUGACUAAUCUUCAACGUCAAGAAAACACAUCCGAGGAGGUCCGGGGGUCCCUAAGAGGAAGGAAAGCUGGCUUGAGAAGGCCUCUUCCGCCCAAGUCUCAAGCCCCUGCCAGUGGAGUCUGUCCUGUCCCCUGUGUCAGAGCAGAUGGAGGUCCUGAGACUUUGGCUGUGACCAACUCAGUGCAGAGCUAUGAUUACGUCCUGAUCUGAUGGGUGAGCAGGUGCCACACGCACGGGCAGGUGGAGGUUCCGACAGGGCCGCCGCCCGCUGACGGCACUCCGCUGCCGGCACUGUGAGUGGAUGAACACGCCUCCGAGGCAACUCACUUAAGCCGUGCAGUUUUAAUGUUCGUAGACCUGCAUUAGGUGAAAAGAAAAACUCCUUGUGAGAGGCAUUAUUUUGAAGCAACAUUUUGAGUUUGUAUCUUUGAGAAUCCCAAGAAGGGACUGAAGGAAAGCAAGGGAGAAAUCCCCUUGAAAAUGCUAAGUGCUGGACAUUUUCAUUUGGCUGAAAAAUAGCAGAUUCCAUUUUAAACAGUUCUCCAGUUUCUGUUUUUCCUUUUGAAGUGAUACACCACUUUCAUACUUUCAAGUGGUGUGUUAAACUUACCCCGUUUUUUUCGUUCUGCCUGAUUUCCUGUAUCUGUUUGCGUGAGCUAGGGCCACGUGGAACACGUAUUUAUGUAUGUGAAAGAAAGACAUGGAAAUACAAAGGAAGGCUUAUUAUGAGAAAGACAGAUAUGUAUAGACUGGGGGAGAAUGGGGAAACUGACUGACUGGGAUGAACUGAUUUUUCUAGAACUUGAAUGCAAUAAAGCAUACCUGUAAAUUAAGGUCAUA